AUGCUCCAGAACUACGCCAAAAACCGACUGUCUGCGAUCUUCCUCAUUCUGUUUGUCUCCAUCGGCACCUUCGUCUUUAUGAAGAUUUUCACCGCCAUCAUGUACAACCAAUUUCGUGGCUACCUGUCAGUAAGUCAGGCAUUUGCAGGCACUGCAACUUUAUGUGUUUUACUUUUAACCCCGCCCCCCCUUCCGAGUCUAAGGCGCACAAUUGUUUACCUCUGA